AGAAUAAGUGUGUGGAGGGGAGAGCGUGGAAGCUUGUGAGGUUGGCGAGGAAAGGGGCGGGGAGGAGGGAGAGAAAGAGAGAAAGCUGGUGAAGAGCAAGAGGGAGGGAGCUUUAGGUAGCGAGGCUGGACUAGCGCUCAAACACUGCAGUCUUUCUUCUGCUUCUCUGAGGAACAGUCCUUCUCCUUUCUCGCUGCCUCCCUCCCUUCCUUCCUUCCAUCCUUCGCUCCUGCUUCUUCUGUCGCUGGUUUGCUCUGACCCCGAUGGACGUCUCGGUCUCCUAUCCCACUUGAAGAGGAGGAUAGAUUGCUGUAGAGGAGGAGUGGGAGACUGGAAGAGGCAGCUCACUGAUGAGUCUGGAAAUUAAUUACCUGCUGCUGCCACAGAGGAGGAGAGAACAGAAAGUGGGCAGAGUUAAAGAGUUGAGGAGUGUGGAGGACGAGCAGAGUAACCUCUACAGGCAAAGAGGACAAGUUAGCCAGGAUGCGUGAAGCAAGACGAAAACUAGGCAGACCGACAUUCGCACACGGAUACUGAUCCAACAGUUGCAUCAAAAGUUUCAUUCAUCCUUCUUCCCGUCUCCUCUCAUCCGCGACAGCAUGCUCCCAUCUCGCUGUCUAUUUUAGUCCUGUGAUUUCUGCAUGUCAGCAGAAGCACCUCACCGGCCACAUGCUGAACUCUCAGACGCAGCUGAGACCUCAGAGGUGCAGUGUUCUCGGCGGAUGUGUUUCUAGGAAGUUUAUCAUCUGAUGGUUUCAGGAGCUCCUCUUUAGGAACUGGACAGACAGUGCUUUCUGAUUGGAUUGUAAUGAGAUGAAACCAGCUUAUCUGAGGGAGCAUGACACCUGUGUUUGAGGGAUUACAGGAAUGGGACGAUGAAUGUGUCCUAAAUACACAGAAAAUAAUGACUCUUGAGUGGAGUCACUAACUGAAGCCAACUAACCAGAGGGGCAUUAUCUAUAAUAACUUUCAUAGACAACCUGAGGUUGGAAGUAUCAUUGGAUUUCCUCGCUGGAGUACCUCCGCAACUCUGACCUGACACACAGAGUGGCUAUAAAAGACUUCCUGAAGUCAUUUCGCUCCCGUAAUGAGACGCUCAAGCACAGACGAGACUCCGUACCGACGCAGUCCAUCUCUGGACAGCAAACCCGACACACCGCCCUUCACGUCUGGGUUUCACCGCUUCAGUGGAGAGUUUGAGUACAAGCGGCCGCCGUUUGCGUUCGGCUUCCACACGACAAAGGGGCCGCAGAACUCCAAGGGGCGCUACACCCAGGGGAAGAAGUAUGUGGUGUUUUACCUGGAUCUCUCCUUCAUAUUCCUUCUAGAACUGCGACGCUGCAGGAUGGCGGAGGGUUGCAUGAUGGCCCUGCGAUAUGGAAUGGUCUUCUUCAAUCUCCUCUUCUGGCUGGGAGGAUGUGGCAUUCUCGGGGUAGGGAUCUGGCUCUCAGUGACCCAGGGAAACUUUGCCACUCUGUCAUCAUCCCUGCCUUCCCUGUCAGCAGCCAACCUGCUCAUCACCGUGGGGACGAUCAUCAUGGUGAUUGGCUGUCUGGGCUGUGUGGGAGCUGUCAAAGAAAGCCGUCCUCUGCUGCUGACGUUUUUCAUCCUCCUCUUGCUCAUUUUCUUCCUGGAGAUUCUGUGCAUCAUGCUUUUCUUCAUCUACCAAGAUGAGAUUGAUCAGUAUGCACAGAGGGAUCUGAAGAAAGGCCUGCAGCUUUUCGGCACCGAGGGGAACGUGGGUCUGACCAACGCCUGGAUGAUAGUGCAAACUGAUUUUCGUUGCUGUGGAGUGACCAACCACACAGACUGGUUCGAGGUUUACAAUGCCUCCCGUGUGCCGGACUCCUGCUGUCUGGAGUACAGCGACAACUGUGGACUGGACAAUCCGGGGACGUGGUGGACUGCACCGUGCUAUGAGCGGGUUAAGGACUGGCUGAGUGAGAACCUGGUGGCACUUUGGAUCUUCGCUCUAUGCACAGCACUGACUCAGAUCCUGGGUCUCGUCUUCUCUAUGACAAUGUUCUGCCAGGCAGUGAAAGUGGAAACAUUCUACGCCUAGCAGCCGACCCUUCUGCCCUUCAGCGCACUUGGAUUGUUUUCUCAUUAGAGAUGGACAUGUAUAGAUCCCCCCUUCCCCUUCCUCGCCACCCCUCCGCAUUGACAGACUCUUCUUUCCGAGGCUUGUCCUCCCCGCAACAUUUGAUCUGGGAUGUCGGCUCCGUUUUUCUGCUAACCAUCAGCCAGCGCAGCGUCUGUGUUUUUUCUCAGUUUUGCUCUGUGUUAAUAGCUUUUUUCUGUGAUACAUUUUCCAAAACAGUACUAUAAACAUCUAUUAAAAAAAACUGUGUAACGCUGUUUUUAAUAAGAGCUUUCUUUUAAAUUAUUUCAAAAUUUCUAUGUGUUUUCAGUGUGGGAGCUCCGGUGAAGAAAAGUGCACUGUGUGACGGUUUGCAAGUGCAUGUCUCCUGCCAUGAUGUGUAUUAAAUGUUUUGGCUUGACAAACCA